CUAUAAGAUUGAAAGACUUCUGCGGCAGUUUGGUCAAUGUAAAAAGUUUCAAAUAACGAAAAAUAACUGCAAACGCUUUUAGUGGUGCAUUUAACAAACAUAUUUAAAACAUAAAGAAAUUUGCGAAUAGAAUAAAACUGAAUGAACUUUGCGAUGCUUAAGACCAAUCUAUUACAAUAAAUUGGCAUAGAAAUUCUCAGCAAACUUUUACAAAUUCUCAUUUGUGUGAAAACCAUCAAAGACUACAUAUGCAAUUUACGCGAGGCGGUCGUCGCCUUAGCGCGGUGGUGGAAUGGUGGUUCGUGGAAUGCAAGAAUAAUUUUCAAGGAAAUUUAACAAAACCAUUUUCUCCUCGAGCAUAUUCAACAAUUAAGAUAAUCAACGAUAUGCGAUUAAAUAAUGUAGAGAAUUUAUUAAUAAAGCCAUAUGAACAACAACUGGUAUGCAAUAGGAAAGCUUUUUGUGCAACUGCAAAGUCUCAUUGUCUAUUGGAAAAAAGUGAAUAUACCGGUUGGCAAGAAAUAAGAAACAAACGCACAAUUACCGAAUACAAUCUACGAAAAGGCAAACAGUUUCAUACCAAAGGCAUUCAAAACAGUAAUCAGGAAAAUUUCAAUAAAGCAAAGAUGGAUCCAAAAUUAGCUCCUACCGUGAAAUUGAAUAGCGGCUAUGAGAUGCCUGUACUCGGCUUGGGAACGUACCAGUUGAAAAAGGGCAAAUGUGAACAUAUUAUACGUGAAGCUAUAAAAAUUGGUUACCGCCAUAUAGAUACCGCGUAUCUAUAUGACAAUGAGUCGAACAUAGGCAAAGCUCUAAAGGAGUGUUUUGAUGAAAACCUUAUCAAACGUAACGAAAUAUUUUUGGUCACGAAAUUGUGGAGCACUUUCCAUGAGCCUCAUUUAGUGCGACGUGCUUGUAAAAAACAAAUGGAAGCCUUAAAUGUUAAUUACAUAGAUUUAUAUUUGAUGCAUUCACCCAUAAGCAUUAAGUAUGUGAAUGACGGUGAUUUGAAGCCUCAUAAUAGGAGUAACGAAUUGCAAACAAGUGGUGUGGAUUUUGUGGACACUUACAAAGCUAUGGAGAAAUUGGUUGAAAUAGGUUGGGUGCGCAGUUUGGGUGUAUCCAAUUUUGACAUUGGUCAAUUGGAACGUUUAUUAGAUAAUUGUUCUAUAAAACCGGUAACUAACCAGGUGGAAUGUCAUCCUGGUUUAAGUCAACGUGUUCUAAGAGACUAUGCCCGUCAUAAUGAUAUUAUUAUUACUGCCUAUUCACCUUUGGGUCGACCAAAAACCGUGAUACCAUAUUUCUACGAAGAGAGGGCUCUUAAAGCAAUCGCUGCAAAAUAUAACAAAACCAAGUUUCAAAUUGUUCUCAAGUAUUUAAUUGGUAUCGACACUGUUCCCAUACCGAAAACAUGUCACGUUAAGAGACUUAUAGAAAAUAUCGAUAUAUUUGAUUUUAAUUUAAGCGAAGAAGAAAUCGCUGUUAUAGACGGCUUUAAAAGCGGCCAACGAAUAUGGCCCUUAGGAGAAAAACCCUAAAGAAGCAAAAACUCUCGUAUAUUUUCAUAAAUGUCUAAUA